GGAGAGUGGACCUAACAAAGCUAAGACUGAGCUUAAGCCCAGGUUCGGGGAGUGCACCUGCAGGUACAAACCUAUAUGGGUAAACUGCAUGCCACUGGGGUUUCGUGUAUGAAUGAUCCAUCACCCAGCCGCUGCCCUCGCUACCGCACCGACUUCGCCCGUGUGCUCGCCCGCACUCGUGCUGCCUGCCAUGGCCACCGCCCAACUGUCGCAGGUGUGCCAGAAGUACGACACCAACUGCGAGGCCGCCAUCAACAGCCACAUCAGGCUGGAGCUCUACACCUCCUACCUGUACCUGUCCAUGGCCUUCUACUUCAACCAGGACGACGUGGCCCUGGAGAAUUUCUUCCGCUACUUCCUGCGCCUGUCGGACUACAAGAUGGAGCACGCCCAGAAGCUGAUGAGGCUGCAGAAGCUGCGCGGUGGCCGCAUCCACCUUCACGAUAUCGAGAAGCCAGAGCGCCAAGGCUGGGAGAGCGGGCUCGUGGCCAUGGAGUCCGCCUUAGACCUGGAGAAGAACGUCAACCAGAGCCUGCUGGAGCUGUACCAGCUGGCCGUGGAGAAGGGCGACUCCCAGCUGUGCCACUUCCUGGAGAGCCACUACCUGCACAAGCAAGUCAAGGCCAUCAAAGAGCUGGGUGGCUACGUAAGCAACCUGCGCAAGAUUUGUUCCCCGGAAGCCGGCCUGGCUGAGUACCUGUUCGACAAGCUCACCCUGGGCGACCGCGUCAAAGAGACCUGAGCCCACAUGGGCCCCACAGCCGCGGCGUCCCUUCCCUGGCUCGGGCCACUA